UGGCCGGGUGGGCGGAGGCCCAGCGCUCGGCCGCGGUUUGCCGCCUGUCGCCCGCCCGCCAUGCGUCCACCGCCCCGCACCGCGCUUGGGUUUCUGCUGCUGCUGCUGCUGCCUCCCGCUCCGGACGCAGCUCGGAAGCUGACGCCCUGCCAGCAGUGCCGGGCACUGGUGGACAAGUUCAACCAGGGGAUGGCCAACACGGCUAAGAAGAACUUCGGUGGCGGCAACACAGCCUGGGAAGAGAAGACGCUGUCCAAAUACGAAUUCAGUGAGAUCCGGCUCCUGGAGAUCUUGGAAGGCCUGUGUGAGAGCAGCGACUUUGAGUGCAACCAGAUGGUGGAGCAACAGGAGGAGCGCCUGGAGGCCUGGUGGCUGCAGCUGAAGAAGAAGUACCCUGACCUGUUCGAGUGGUUCUGUGUGCAGACACUGAAAGUGUGCUGUUCUCCAGGCACCUAUGGGCCAGACUGCAGUGCAUGCCAGGGGGGCUCUAAGAGGCCCUGCAGCGGAAAUGGCCACUGCAACGGAGAUGGCAGCAGACAGGGGGAUGGGUCCUGUCAGUGCCACAUCGGAUACCAGGGACCGCUCUGCAAGGACUGUGUGAGCAGCUACUUCAGCUCACUGAGGAAUGAGACCCACAGCAUCUGCACAGCCUGUGACGAGUCCUGCAAGACAUGCUCGGGCCCGACCAACAGAGACUGCCUUGAGUGUGAAGAGGGCUGGGCGCGCGUGGACGACACCUGCCUGGAUGUGGAUGAGUGUGCGGCUGAGACGCCUCCCUGCAGUGAGACGCAGUACUGUGAGAACGUCAAUGGCUCCUACACGUGUGAAGAGUGUGACUCCACCUGUGUGGGCUGCACGGGAAAAGGCCCAGCAAAGUGUAAAGAGUGUGUCUCUGGCUACUCGAAAGAGGAUGGACAGUGUGCAGAUGUGGACGAAUGCUCACUAGCAGAAAAAGCAUGUAAGAGGAAAAACGAGAACUGCUACAACACCCCGGGGAGCUUCGUCUGCGUGUGUCCUGAAGGCUUCGAAGAAACGGAAGACGCUUGUGUGCAGACGGCACAGGGUGAAGUCCCGGAAGAAAACCCAGCACAGCCACAGCCGCCCUCACGUGAGGAUCUGUGACAGCGUCCGGGUCAAAGUCAGUCCCACCCUUUAAAUUAUUGAGAGUGGCGUCCUGUGGGAAAGGCCCUGUGGAUGGCGGAGGAGGAGCUUGUCCUUGGAACGGGACGCUCACCUGGCCCUUUAAAAGCUGCACUUCUCGAUUGUUCUUGAGCAGAUUUGUAUAUUUUGAUACCAUUCUUUAUAAUAAAAUUGACCAUUGAAAGUAGUUGGAAA